AUGACGGAUCACGAAGAUAAGAAGAAGAAGGUCAACUUGGGGGACUCAUCCGGUGCUCCACCAAAAGAUGCCGAUGAUGUUGCCACCGCCAUCCUGAAGAAAAAGAAGAAGCCAAAUAGCUUGAUUGUUACCGACGCUGUAAACGAUGAUAACAGUAUCAUCGCCUUAUCAAACAACACCAUGGAGACGUUACAACUCUUCCGUGGUGACACUGUCCUUGUGAAGGGAAAGAAGAGAAAAGACACAGUCUUAAUUGUUUUGGCCGACGAUGAUCUCGAUGAUGGAUCUGCAAGAGUUAACCGUGUAGUCCGAAAUAACUUGCGCGUCAGGCUAGGAGAUGUCAUCACAGUUCAUCCCUGUCCCGACAUUAAAUACGCGAAACGCAUUGCUGUUCUUCCCAUUGCAGACACUGUUGAGGGGCUUACGGGUUCUCUCUUUGACGUUUAUCUUAAGCCCUAUUUCCUUGAAGCCUACCGACCUGUGCGAAUGGGCGAUCUCUUCACAGUUCGAGGCGGUAUGCGAAUGGUAGAGUUCAAGGUUGUUGAGCUUGAUCCUCCAGACUAUGGUAUCGUUGCUCAAGACACAGUUAUCCACUGUGAAGGAGAGCCUCUAAACCGUGAGGAUGAGGAGGGUAAUCUAAAUGAGGUUGGAUACGAUGAUAUCGGUGGUUGCCGAAAGCAGAUGGCACAGAUUAGAGAGUUGGUUGAGCUGCCGCUGAGACAUCCACAGCUCUUCAAGAGCAUCGGUAUCAAGCCUCCACGUGGUAUUCUUCUGUAUGGACCUCCUGGUACUGGUAAAACUCUAAUGGCCCGUGCUGUUGCCAAUGAAACCGGAAGCUUCUUUUUCCUUAUCAACGGUCCCGAGAUUAUGAGCAAGAUGGCCGGAGAGUCAGAGUCAAAUCUUAGGAAAGCCUUCGAAGAAGCAGAGAAGAACUCCCCCUCCAUCAUCUUCAUUGAUGAAAUCGAUUCUAUUGCCCCCAAGCGUGAAAAGACCAACGGUGAGGUCGAACGAAGAGUUGUCUCCCAGCUUCUUACCUUGAUGGAUGGUAUGAAGGCUCGUAGCAACAUCGUUGUCAUGGCUGCUACCAACCGACCUAACUCAAUUGACCCUGCUCUUCGUCGUUUUGGACGUUUCGAUCGUGAGGUUGACAUCGGUAUUCCCGACCCAACCGGUCGUCUUGAGAUCUUGCAAAUUCACACAAAGAACAUGAAGCUUGCUGAGGGUGUCGAUUUGGAACAAAUUGCAUCAGAAACCCACGGUUAUGUUGGUUCUGAUGUUGCGUCGCUUUGUUCAGAGGCAGCAAUGCAGCAGAUUCGUGAAAAGAUGGACUUGAUCGAUUUGGAUGAGGACACCAUCGAUGCCGAGGUUCUAGACUCACUUGGUGUUACUAUGGAGAACUUCCGUUUUGCGCUCGGUGUCAGCAACCCCUCAGCCCUACGCGAGGUUGCCGUUGUCGAAGUUCCCAACGUUCGCUGGGACGACAUUGGUGGUCUCGAGGGUGUCAAGGCCGAGCUCAUCGAGUCGGUACAGUAUCCUGUGGAGCAUCCCGACAAGUUCCUCAAAUUCGGAAUGUCACCGUCCCGCGGUGUCCUCUUCUAUGGUCCUCCCGGUACUGGUAAGACCUUGUUGGCUAAGGCCGUCGCCAAUGAGUGCGCUGCCAACUUUAUUUCCGUCAAGGGACCUGAGUUGUUGUCCAUGUGGUUCGGUGAAUCUGAGAGCAACAUUCGAGACAUCUUCGACAAGGCUCGUGCCGCAGCUCCUUGUGUCGUAUUCUUGGACGAGUUGGACUCCAUUGCCAAGAGCCGUGGUGGAUCCAUGGGUGAUGCCGGUGGUGCCAGUGACCGUGUCGUAAACAUGUUGUUGACUGAGUUGGAUGGUAUGGGUGUGAAGAAGAACGUUUUCGUUAUUGGUGCCACCAAUCGUCCCGAACAGUUGGAUGCUGCCUUGUGCCGUCCAGGUCGUCUUGACACUUUGGUCUAUGUUCCUCUUCCAGAUGAGGCUUCCAGAGUGUCUAUCCUCAAGGCCCAGCUUAAGAACACGCCUGUUGCCCCUGAUGUCGACUUGAACUACAUUGCCUCAAAGACUCACGGAUUCUCUGGUGCCGAUUUGGGUUUCGUUACCCAGCGUGCGGUCAAAUUGGCCAUCAAGCAGGCCAUUGCUGCCGAAAUUGAGGCCAGCAAGGAGAAGGACAAUGCUGGAGAUACUGAGAUGGAUGAUAUUGAGCUCGAAGACCCUGUCCCAGAGCUUACCAAGGCUCAUUUCGAGGAGGCAAUGGGUGCUGCCAGACGUUCCGUCAGUGAUGUUGAGGUCAGGCGUUACGAGGCGUUUGCUCAAAGCAUGAAGCAGUCAGGUGGUAUGAAUACUUUCCGCUUCCCAAGUGAGGGCGAGGGUGCGGCCACUGGUGGCUCUGGUGGUGCCGGGUUUGGCGCAGGUGGUGAAGAUGAUGACUUGUACUCAUAA